AUGAACAAAGUAGAUUCAUAGACACAACUUAAGCCUCCCCUGAACAUGAAUAUCGGUCUGCCACCAAAGUCCCCAGGAGGAAUCGGUAAUAAAUCUGCUAGGAAUCCUAGAAUCAAGCGAAACUCUUCUCCAUAAUCUACUGGAAAUCCUUUCUAGCAUCCUGUUAAUUCAGAACAAACCAUUCAUUUUACUCAAAGAAAUAUGUAUUAAGGAACUCCUCCAACAGAUGAUAUAUCGUCCAUACCUUCGGGAAAGUAAACUCCAGACUUUAGAAAUAUUUCUAGUCGUAACUAGGGUAUAAGAAAACAAUCACUAACUGUGGGUUAAUCACUCCUUGAAAGUCCAAAUAAUCCUGACUAGCUAAACUAAAACUAUUAUACUCAGCCAUUUGGAUCACAAGAGGAUGCGUAUUCAAAGGUAUUUUCUCCUUAAACAAUGGAUAAAAGAUUCCCGAAGCUUAAGCCUAUUAAUGUUUGUAAGAAAGUAUCUAAAAAGUAGUUGUUAAAAUAAAUUAGCAAACAACUUAGCUAAGACCAGAACUUUGUGUUCUAAUCAGUAGAUGGUAGCUUGAAUUCAAUCGCAGGACAGACCAUAAAGAACACUCAAUAGAGUUUCUAUGAUUAUAAUCAAUCAUCCAUGUUAUAAAAUUCUUAAUCUCAGAAGAAUCUUCCAACAUAGCUGAUCUCGGAAGAAUAGAACUUUUAACCUCAAUCUUCCUUUAGAGAGAAAGUUAAUUCACCCCCUCUUUUUAACCCAUCUGAAAAAGAUCUAUCCGAGAUAGUUAGAGAAGCACAAAAUAUUGCUAAAAAAUCUGGAAGUGCUGUUGGAAGCAAAGAUUCAAUUGCAGUUAGUACAGCUAUGAUAGAUUAGGACAUCCCAAAUAAUAUGAAUAUGCCGAAAUCUCAGGGUCGAAAUCCGAUGAAUUAAUCUUAGAAAAAUCCAAAUUUAACAAAAAGUUAAUCCUAACCAAACGGUGUAAACUAUUUGCAAGACCCUAAUGCAUAAGCAUAGCAAACUAAUGGCCAAGGUUAAGGCUAAAACAAUAACUUUGAGUUUAAGUUAUUCAUGCGUCAUAAUUAUAUCCGUGAUAAUAACAACGAAAAUCAAGUACAAAUGGAGACAUAUAUAAAGAGCAGUGGUACUUACAAUAAAAUGAAAAGGAAAAAUCAGAUUUCAAUCCUAGAUUCUGUGAAUUACGAUAGUAAUACAUCGAGAUAGUAGCAAACCGAUCAUUAUGGACUUAAUGGGAGUAGAACUGCUAGAUAAAAUGAAUUCAGUUUGCCAAAGAUUGAUAAAAAUAACAGCCACUUAAAGAAUAGUAUAAAUGGGUCAGAGGAUAUUUAACAAUAAAAUCCAAAAUAAAAAGUAUCAGUACAAGGUGCAUAAAACUUAAAGCAAAUUAUUCAGCAGCAAAAGCUUAAAGGCUAGGAACAGAUCAUUAAGGAUUAGGCUAAGUUAGUAGCACAUUAGCAGCAGUAAUAAUUAUAGCUUGGAGAGCAAAAUGAGAAUCUGAAAAAGACAAAUAAAUUUAGAGCAAGAUACCUUACAAAAAAGACAGACUCUCAUUAUUACAACCCAAGCAUGCUUUAAUAAAGCAACAUUCAAGAUCAAAACUUAACUAAUGCUUAAAUUUAUCUUCAAGGAGUCUAACAGCAAUAGCAAUAAGUGUUUUAAGAUUACUAGCAGCAGCAGGACGAUAAGUAGCUCAAUAAGGAUAUUGACUAACUAAUUAAUUAGUAAAUGAUUAAGCAAUAGCAAAUGCAAUAUUAACAGAAAUAGUAUUAAGAAUUAAAAGAAGCAUUACUACAAUCAGAUAAAAACUUAUAGCAACAGAUUCCUUAAAGUUACAUGAGAUCAUCAAAGAAUCAAUAGCCUGAAAAGUAAUCAUAAUCCCCGCCAUCAUAUCGAUAUUAGCAAUAACCAUAACAAAACUAACAGUUUCAAACUGUAGGGACCAAGGUCCCAUAUAAGAGAAAGAUUGUGAGGGGCACUAAUGACUAGAUUGAUUUAAAUAGAGACUACUAAACAAUGCAAAAUCCUUAGUAAAAUAUGGCAAAAUAUGAUUAAAAUGACGUGGCAUUCAUAGAUGCCUAGUUUCAACAAGAUGACUAACUAAGCUAAGAAUUUUUCAAUUCUACCGCUUCAAAAACAAACAAAAGAAAAAUAGAAAAGAUGAUUAUUGAGUCAAGAACUAUUGAAGAGCUGGCAAACAGUACUAAUGGCACUACUUCGCAGCUAUAUCAUCUAUAGAGUAUACAGCAGGCAUCUCAAUCAUAGCCAAAUAAGGCUAUUGAGGUGGACGAGGCUUACAGCUAAAUGCCUAUGGCCAAACCCCUUUAUAAGGUAAUGAGCAGCUAAGUUAUGAGGAAUGCUAUCAUCCAUGAGGAUGAUGCUGAAUCAGUAUUAAGCUCCAGAAUGGCUUCUAGGAAAUGA